AUGUUGUUUACUUCGCGUCUGAUCGAUAGUUCUUUUUUGAUACAACCAAUCAAGAUAGAAAACGUCAUCAGCGAAGGGUGGAUUUCUAUCCUUAGGUCGAGGCUUUGUAGUUCCUGGAAAACCUGGGCCUGGUCAAGAAAGAUCAAGCCGAAGCCACAGUGUCGUCCAGGAAUUUACAGACGAAAACCAAAAUUACGGAAAACCGGGCUUGAUCGAUGGAAGGUGCUGGUAACGGAAAACACUUACAAGCUUGGACCCGAUAACAAGUUCUCACCGGCUAAAGUGGAAGAGGUAGCACAAAGUGUUUUGCAAAAAGUGCUCGCAGAAUCGGUGUACGACCCUAAAACUUGUCGAACACAAGCAAUGGAGAUCGGAGACGAGAUUCUCAGUCAAGUCAAGGCACUCGGUUUCGAUCGAUACAAGAUCGUUUGUUUGACAAAUAUCGGCAAAGUUAACGAUCAGACGAUACGAAUCGGUAGCCGCUGCUGUUGGGACCAGAACCUAGAUAACUACGCUGAGGCUGUUUACACUAAUAGUACACUGUUCGCUGUCACCGCUAUCUACGGAAUCUAUCAGGAGUGAGACCUUAUUGGUACUCUCGACGACCUGUUUAUUUUUUUGUAAUUAAAAAAAAAUUAACUUCA